UGGAGAGUUUAAAUGCUACAAUCUAUUUUUACAUACUUCAAGAUGCCGAAAUGAUGAAUUAAACCUCUUGUUGUGUUGCCUCUCGUUUGUUAAAGCUCGCCAGCCCAGCCUUGAGCAUCGGCCAAGCUUCAACGCCUCUUCUGGUCACUCUGACAGACCGUGCUCGAAGACAUGCGAUCAGUCGUCUAUUGUUGAUGUGAAUCGUAGCCGUCAACAUCUGAAACAUUUAGCAAUGCUGUGCUUCUCAUUUGCUGCAAAACAGCUGCCUAGACGGCCUGCGAAGUCUGUCGCGAUGAAGAAGACAUUCCGAGGACAGUGCGCAAAGAGGCAGCCAUUUGCUCGCGCUGCGCUGACGUAUUGAGUCAAUCAGUCAAGGCUCCUAUCAUUCAUAUCUUCAGAGUUCUCUGAUGAAAUCCAGGUGCUUCCGGAACAGCAGCGACAUCAUGAUUUUUGGCGGGCGUCGAACCAAUACAGAUAUCAACCCUUCCCCCUUUGUUAGAUGUAUCCCACCAUGGCAGAUUCCUUGCUCAAUCUCUCGAACCUCUUGCUUGCACUUUCUCCGAUUACCAUCAGAAAUUCGACGCCUAGUUUUCUACCAUUACUUACUCUCCCUGAACCUUCCAGAUCACUUCUUCCAUCACCUCACAUUCCUAGGAUACUGGGGAAGUUCAUCUGAACCCGACUCUACUCAGAAGGAUGCUCGGGGAUUUGAUCUCGGGAGAAAGAUAAAGUGGGAGAUCGAAUGUCUCUUUCUCAUCAAUCGGCAAGUCCACAUCGAAGCAGAAGAUGUGCUAUACAAUUCCUUCAUAUUUUACGUCCAUCCUCGCCAUCAAACACGACACUUCCGCCAAGCAUUAUAUGCUCGAAAAGAACUUGGAUGGAAGAUACCUCGAGCUCCUCGGUUGCCAGAAAGGGUCCAGAAUAUACAGAUCAAUCUCGCCUUCGGUCAAUCCAUUUCAAGUCUUCAUUGGGCAUCUCAGCAAGGAUGGCGUGGAUCUUGGCUACAUUUGGCUGCGGAAUUUCCUCAUCUUCGAAAGGUUGGUCUAGCGGUAGACUACGAUCCUCGAAACGGAGACGAAGCAUUGAGCAAGCAAUUGAUGGACAUGGUCUUGUGCUUCAUGCGAAUAUUUCAGCCAACUUGCAUUGUCCAAGUCAGGUUUGCGGGCGUGAAAUAUGACAGCUACGCUCGCCUCUCACCUGCUUCAGGACCCUUGUAUACGGAUAUUAUCGACGAGGAAAAGAAGUUGCUUCAGUUGAGGGAUGAAUCGAAACUUAUUUGGCAUAAAGUCGCGAGACACUUCAACGACCCUCGCUCUGAACUUUACUCGGUGGCGGGAUUGCAGGCACGAUACCAGCGUCUUAAGUUGCGUCAGAUCCAAGCAGCGAUGGAGGUCGGAUUUUUUGAGAGAAUGAAGGAGGAAUUGACAAGGAGUCUGCUCGAAUAGGACGGUUCAAAUGUGGAGAGUCAAGUCACCACCGUGGAACGAUAGUGUGACUCUGAUAAUGGUCCCACUCAACAGGCAUGGUUCUACCAGUCACAAGAAAGUUGACGCUGAAGCUGGAACGAGGGAAUUCAUAUGUACUGCAUGAAUUUUUGAUUCAAGAGCUUACGACUGAUGCUCAUGGAGGAUGAGGUAUAGAAAAAUAUAAGGACAAGGGCUACGAAUGAUGACAUGCUAUUCCAGACAGCUCUCCACCACCACAUGAGACAUUAUGAGGAGCCAAUUCUCUGGAACCUCGAAGGAAACCACAGUAAACAAAUUCUUUCCAUCUAUAUGGUUACCAACUUCUGGUGGCAAUGCCACACGUGACUGAGAAAGUUGGUGAAACUCAAAGUG